GUGAGGUUUAUCGCGUCAAACAUAGCAUAAAAGGAAAUAGAAAAACAAAAAGACAGCAUCGUCACACGAUUGGUUUGUGCAUUUUAUUGUUCCCACCUACUAGCUGUUGCUGUUGCUACGGCGGUUCGACCAAUCACGGUCCUUCGCGCGGGAUUUCAAACUUUUUCAAAUCAUCAUCCUCGUAGUGAAGCGUUAUCGCUCCGCGAGAAAUAUAAACAAUAUAGUCCCUUUCAAUAAAGUUCGAGAUAUUUCAAAUUCCGACAACACGUGUAUCUUUUAAUAAUUGUAGAUCAUAAUAUAUAUCAAAAUAAUCGAAGAAUAAGAGUAAAUAAGUCAUUUUGUGGUCAAUGCGUGUGGUUUUAAAUGGUCGAGCGGAGGGAUACUGCACCCUAGCCCUGUGAAAGAGGAAGUGUGGCUGCCCUGUUCGCAAAAGUAGCUUCAGCGUUAGCCACGCGUAGUUAGACGAACUCGUGUCUAUUUUGCUUUUGAAAUAAUGUUAACAUUUUACUAAUCAUUUUCGGAGUUUCAGCCCUUUUUCUGUAUGUUUAUGGAUCACUUGAAGUCGACGUGUCUUUGAAAGAAUCCAGGUAAAGUUGACAGAAUGCCACUGCAUGGGAAGAUAGUUGUGUUCAAACGGAGCGGGGGAGAUGGAGCUGAAUUUCCUCUCGUUGCGUCUCACUGCUUGAUUGGAAGGAAGCCCGACAGUGAUAUACGUAUUCAGAUUCCCCAAGUCUCCAAGGAGCACUGUAGAAUUGACUUGAAUGAAAAUAAAGAGGUUAUUUUAACAAAUCUGACCUCUGUUAACCCGACUCUUCUCAACGGAGAGGUUUUACAACAGCCUGUGCGUUUGAAGGAUGGAGAUGUCAUAACCAUUGUUGACCGUUCUUUCAGGUUUGAGUACCCUCCAGCACCCACGCCAAAGAAAUUUGCCAAAGGAAGAAAAUCUGGAACCCCAAACCCUCAUCUGAAAGAUGGAACCAACCACAAUGUCGAGCGACCACUGGAGCAGACUAAGAAGGACCCCAAGCAGGAUUGUGAAACACAACAAAGCAAGGCAUUGUCUCCUUUUAAUGAUCUUUAUCAAAUGAUCAGAAAGUCUCUGGAUGUUAAGACACCUCGGAAAUCUACUGCCACCGACAUCCAGACACCAAUGAGGAAAAGUAAUGCUUCCACUGUUGGAACGCCAAAAGUGGCUGAUGGCAAGGUUGUAGCAGAGGCUAAAAAUAAAAGCAAUGCCACUCCGACAUCUGAAAAGCGCAGGCAUUCUCAGAUUCCUACUGCUAAUGUGAUGAUUGCUGGUAAAGGUGUAGAAGAGGUCAAGUCUGACGCGGGCUCGCAGACAAAGCCACGUGUCACUCCUCAGAAGUUAAGUGACAGUGGUGCUAUUGAGAUAAUUUGCUCACCAAAACCCAAAUCUCCUAUGAAUCGCAGAAGCAAGGAGCUUCCAGCUAAAGAACAUGCCGAAAUGAUGGCCAGUCCACAAAAUACAAAUGUGCCAGGAGUCACAGGAAAUGGGGUGCCAAAAAAACGCAAAAGUGGAGAUUCAUUUGUUUCACCGGCAUCACAGAUGAAAAAGAAACGUGUUUCGUUUGGAGCUGAUCUAAUCCCUGAGUUGUUUGAUAAAAAAUUACCACCUGAUUCUCCAUUACGCAAAGGAGAGAAUCCAAGAAGGAGCCUCUGUCUUUCUAAGCCCUCAAAAUCACUGUUGAGGAGAGCAUCAGUCAUUGGGCUGAUUAAGGAGGCUGAAAGUCCUGCAAAAAAGAACUCUGAAUCUCCUAAAGCUUCUGUUAAGAAAUCUCCAAAAGGAACAUCUCCAGGGAAAAACACUCCAAAACCCAUUACACCGUCUCCUUGUAAGAAGUUGGCCAAAUCUACACGGGCCUCUCCAGAAGGGCAAUCUCCAGGCAAGAGAUCACCAAAACACAACACGAUGCCUGUCAAGGCCUUGUUUUCAGAAGAGGAAUUGACAAAAUCGAGGUUUUCUUACCCAGCAUCUUCUGAAAAGACAUCAUCAAAACUAAGCCUGGCUUCCCCCAAGUCACCGAAAUCUACAUCAGUCCCUACCAACUGGACACCAAAACCCAAGCAUACCAAGGAUUCUUUGUCAAGAUUAAAAUCGCCCAAAUCAAGGUCUUCUUCCCCAAGCCAAAAAUUGGAAAGUCCUUUGUCCAAAAGCCUGACUUGUGACGAAAUGCCUACCAGCACAAAGAGGGCAUCUCCAAGGUUUACCCCUCAGGGAAAUGUAAAUGAAACACCAGCGAAAACCCCUCAAGGCUCCCGGAUGAGUAUUUCAUCCGUACAAGGACGCUUUUCUGUGUCUCACAUCGAAACCCCAUCACCAAUUGCAGAAAAAUCCACAGUUACAGUGACACCUAAAAUCCCUCUGAAAAGGAAGAGUAUGAAGAGUGCUUCACGGAAGACUCCUCUGGCCAAGAGCACUAUCAAAAACGUAGUCAGAAGAAGUGGCAUUUCACGUGCAUCUAUGAAAGCUUUGAAUUCUUGGGCAGACACGGUCAGGUUUGGAAAAGCUAAAAUCCAAGCGCCUGUACCAGCUAAAAAAGCUGUUCGGAGUACUGUAACAAAUACUAAAGUCGCAAAGAAAGUUGUUCCCAGACCACAGACUCCUGUAAGAAAGCCGCUUAACCAAGUGAGCACCGGGCACGCAGAUUCACCUGUUACCAUUGUUGUGGGCCGAGCAUUCAAGCAGAAAAUUGCAAACCCUACAAAUGCUGCUCCAAAAGUCAUCUUCAAUACAGCAAUCUCAAAGAAAAACAUGAAAAUGGAUGAGGAUUUGUCUGGAAUCUCUGAAAUGUUUAAAACACCCUUAAAAGAAGAUAAGAAAAAAAUGGAAACCAACAACAGUGAUGUCACAAAGACCCCAUUGGCCGUUAAUGAACCAUCUGUGCUAGAACCUUCUGUGUUAAACACCCCAGAGGAGACAGGUGAAAUGGUGGUGUCUCCACUCACUCUUGCAUCUACUGGAAAAGCAUCAAACUACAACAAAGACGCAGUGAAACGUCUCCUCAAUAUCAGUCCAGACAGCAGUUCAGACACAUCUGCAUUUGAGAUGAAGACUACUUCUGUUUCACAGACAUGCAUAGAGCUUGUUAGUGCUGUACCAACUCUUAAACAGAAGACGCCAAGACCUAAGACGGAAAUUGUUGACGAUCUGAGAGAAACACUCUCUGAAACACCCAAACAGAAACCUGAGCAACAAGAAUGCUUCACUGGAGUGAAGAGGAUGAUGAGGACCCCCAGACAGAAGAGUGAACCAGUUGAGGAUCUGAGAGGAAAACUCCUGAAAACACCCAAACAGAAACCGGAGCAGAAGGAAUGCCUCACUGGUGUGAAGAGGAUGAUGAAAACCCCCAGACAAAAGAAUGAACCUGUUGAGGAUCUGAGAGGAAAACUCCUGAAAACACCCAAACAAAAACCGGAGCAGAAAGAAUGCCUCACUGGUGUGAAGAGGAUUAUGAAAACGCCAAGAGAGAAGACUGAACCUCUUGAGGAUCUGAGAGGAAAACUGCUGAAAACCCCAAAGCAGAAGUUGGAGCCAAAUGAAUGCCUUACUGGGAUUAAAAGAAUUUUUACUACUCCGAAACAGUGUGAACCCAAUGACAUACAAGGGGAGCUUCUCAAAACUCCAAGGAGUCCAGAGGAUGACGUUUCCUGCACUGCUCAUGUCCCCCUUUUGGAGAAACCGGUGACAGAUCUACCAACGGCAGCUAAAGAAUAUCAAGAGCAUAAUAACUUGCCAACUCCAAAAGUGAAUAGCUCUCCGGUGGACUCCGGAAUCAAGAGAAUAUUUAAAACACCUAAGCAGAGAAGUGCUCCUAUCGAAGGCAUCCUCGGAAUAGCGAGGCUCAUGAAGACUCCUAAGGAGAAAAGUAAACCGGUAGAGGACAAUUUUUGUAUUCAACAACUGAUGACGUCACCCAGGCUGAGGCAUAGUGCUCCUCUAGAGGCCUUUGAAGGACUUAAUGAGCUAUUGGAUGACCAACCUAAGCAUCAAGAUCAGGCUGUAAGUAGUGACUUGGAUGAAGUUAAAGAGUCAACUGAAGUUUCUGAAGAGUGUGAGUGUACAGAGGAAGCCGUUUCUCAGGCUGUGUUUGAAGAUGCACCACAAGGCGCAGAUAUGGACGAGGCUCCUGCUGAAACGGCCAAUACCAAGAAAUCAGUCCGAGGCAGGAAGGCCAAAACAGCAGAGCCCAAAAUUGUGACAGCAGAAUCGCCUUUGGGUCCAGUCAGAGAAAGAAGGGGGAAAAAGGCAGAGCCUUCUGAGCCACUUAUAGAAGAAACUAAUGCUAGCUCUAAGCCUAAAAGAGGAAGAUAUGUCAAAAAGGUUGAGAUGGUCCAAGAGGCUGCCACUGAAAUUUCGCCAAAGCCUGAGAUUGAGCAAUAUAUCUCAGUUAAAGUGGAAUCUACCACUGACAGCAGUCGGACACCUUUAGAAAAAGAAGCUGCGAAGCCUAAAAGAGGAAGGUAUGCAAAGAGGGCUUUGGAACAAAUUGAUACAGUCCCCAAAGCCACAGAUGAAACUUCAUUGAAGCCUGAGCAUGAAACGAGUCUCCCAGUUAAUAUCGAGCCACCAGUGAACGACAGUGCUGCACCUUUGGAGAAAGAAGCUGUGAAGCCUAAAAGGGGAAGGUAUGCCAAAAAGGCUAUAGAACAACUUGAUGCAGUUCCAGAAACUGUCGCUCAAACUUUGCAGAAGGCUGAGAGUGAGACAUGUCUCCAUGUUGGUAUUGAAAAAGAGUCUGUGAAGCCUAGAAGAGGAAGGUAUGCUAAAAGGGCCUUGGAACAAAUUGAUACAGUCUCCAAAGCCACCGAUGAGACAUCGCUGAAGCCUGAAAAGGAAACAAGUCUCCCAGUUAAUAUUGAGCCUGCAGUGACCAGCAGUGUUGCACCUCUGGAGAUAGAAGCUGUGAAGCCUAGAAGAGGAAGGUAUGCCAAAAAGGCCUUAGAACAGCUUGAUGCAGUCAACAAAGUUGCCACUGAAACUUUGUCAAAUCCUGAGAGUGAGACAAAUCUCCCAGUUGAUAUUGAGCCUGCAAUUAACAGCUCUGUAACACCUUUGGAAAAAGAGGCUGUGAAACCUAAAAGGGGAAGGUAUGCUAAAAGGGCCUUGCAACAAAUCGAUACAGUCCCCAAAGCCACCCAUGAAACUUUGCUGAAGCCUGAGCAUGAAAUGAGUCUCCCAGUUAAUAUUGAGCCUGCAGUAAAUGACAAUGUUGCACCUUUGGAGAAGGAGGCUAUGAAGCCUAAAAGGGGAAGGUAUGCCAAAAAGCCCUUGGGACAGCUUGAUGCAGUUCCUGAAACUGUUUCUCAAACUUUGGAGAAUGCCAAGAGUGACACAAGUAUCUCAGUUGAUAUUGAACCUGCAAUUAAGAGCUCUGUAACACCUUUGGGAAAAGUGGCUGUGAAGCCUAAAAGAGGAAGGUAUGCUAAAAAGGCCUUGGAACAGAUCGAUACAGUCCACGAAGUCUCCUCUGAAACUUUACUGAAGCCUGAGAGGGAGACAAGUCUCUUCAUUGAUAUUGAGCCAGCAAUAAACAUCAGUGUUGCACCUUUGGAGAACGAAGCUAUAAAGCCUAAAAGGGGAAGGCGUGCCAAAAAGGCCACGGAACAAAUUGACGCGGUCUCAGAAGCUCUUCCUGAAACUUUGCCGAACCCUGGGAGUGAGGCAAGUCUCCCAGUUAAUAUUAAGCCAGGAAUGAAUGAAAGUGUUGCACUGUGCACUGUUGAGAAGCCCAAACGAGGAAGGUAUGCCAAAAAGGCAGUGGAACAAACAGAAACCACUCUGGAACCCACCACUGAAACUUUACAAGGUUCUGUGAGUGAGCCUGAAGUGACCCACAGUGUUGAGCAUUUGGUCGAAGAAGCGGUCAAACCCAAGCGUGGAAGAAAACCCAAACGGCAAUCUGCUCAGUCCAAACUAACUCCGCCUCCUGCUUGCAGUGAUGAUGUUUCUAAAGAUGAGCCUGCACAAGAUGACCACCAGGGUCAGAGUCCAUCUGAACACCAUGAUAAUGCAUCUUCAGAAUCCACUGAGAGUUCACAUGAGGUAGAGACUGCAGCAGCGAUGAAUGUCCCUGUUGUUGACAAGAAGGCUAUCCGAGGGAAAAGAGGGAAGCCGGCAGAAUCUACAGCAGACGAAGAUAAACCAGUUGAAGAUUUCGAAGACGCUGGUGUUGCUGCUCCAGUCAGAGCUAGGAGAGGGAAAAUAAUUCAAACAACUGCACCUCCCGCAGGCAGGAAGGCUGCUGGAAGAAGGAACACAAAGAGAAAUGAUGACAUUUCUGAUGCGCUGCCUGAAAUGAUAACCGAAAAAGAUGUCGUCUCUGAACAACCAAAGGUUUCUGAACCAGAUCAGAUGAGUGACCAAGCUUCUGGUAUUUCAAAAUCAAGAAGAGGAGUACGAAAGCCAAAGCAAGAUGCAGCUGCUUCAGAAUCCACAGAGAAUCUAGAUGGUCCAAUUGAAACGCCUACAGAAAAACCCAAACCAGGCAGUAGAGCAAAACAACAUAAAGCUGAUACCGUAUCAGAAACAUCUGGGGGAAAUCCCGAACCUGAGCAGAAGCGCCAAAGGGGAAGAGCAGCAUUAACUAGUUUGAAGACUGAGAUAAAACACGUCGUUACAGUCAAGAGAACACGGCGAGGGGCAGCCGCUGCCUGUGAGGAGGCCCAAGAAACAGUUCCCACCCCAGUUCCAGAGUCGGAGCUCCCUUCAGUAGAACCAGUCAAAAGGGGACGACGAGCAGUUGCUAAACCUUCAACAGAGCUGUCUGCAAUGAAUGAAAACCAUUCGAUUACCACAAAAGAUUCAAACAACGCAUCUGCUCCAGAAGCACAAAAAUCAGUCAAAUGGAACCUAGAUGUCAAAGUACAUACUAUUCAAAAAUCUGUCAAAGUGGUUCGAGGCAAGAGGUCGAGCCCUAUUGAUCGCAUGGAGCUUCAGAGCAGGAGUGAGUCGGAGAAUGCUGAUAAAACUGAAGAGGACCUCUCAGGGAAAGAAAUGGAAUCUCCGCCUCCAAAGAGAGCCAGGCGAGGGGCGAAACUUGCAAAUGACGCAGAGUCCGCUAGCAAGGAAGACUCCAAAAACGCUGAAGAUACUCAGAUGCAACCAAAUACUAGAAGAAGAGCAAGAGCAGUCAAAAAAUGAACAUUUACAUAAUUGUUCCGAACAUGUUUUUCUUUCCGUAAGUUUAACUGGCGUUCUUUAAUUCUGUCUGGUAAAAUCGGAAAGAUGACAAAUUGAGCACUGUGCUACUUGUAUUUUAUGGCAGGGUAUUUUUAUCACCCAUUUUUCUAAAUGUUUCUUACUUUGUCUACUUUAGUAUUUGGGGUAAAAAAAUUAAAAAGUUUUACUGUUUAAAGCAUUUGGAUAUUUUUCUUAAUCCUUGUUUUAUUUUUAUUUUUUUUUAAUCACCUAAGUAUACCUAAAGUUAGUGCUCAAAUGUUACCAAUGAUGUUUUGUAUCAGAAACUUUGUUUUAGGAGUUUUAUUGAAUAAAAGCCGAAAGGAUUUGAGUAGGUUCGGAAAAAAUGCAGAUUUUUGUAUUUUUUCCAAUGCAUUUGUGUAAUUGUGAACUGUUAAGAAUUGACAAAUAAGAAUUACAUUAAAAUU